CUCUCUCACACCUCUCUCAUUUCCUCUUUUGAGAAUCUCCCUUGUGAUUUCUCUCCCUCUGUGUGUUGCAGAGCGAGCCAACCUGCCGAGGAACAUGAUUGAGAACAGCAUGUUUGAAGAAGAGCCUGAUGUUGUGGAUUUGGCCAAAGACUCUGCAUUUCCAACAUUUCCUGCUCUUGACCCAGAUGAGGUGGCGUAUGAGCCUCGUAGCUCCCGGUUGCUUGUGCGAGGCCUGGGCGAGAACGACAUGGACGAGGAUGAAGAGGACUGCGAGUCUUCAGCCCGUCUGCUGGGCAUGUCCUUCAUGAACCGUAGCGCUGCUCACAGAUCCAUCUCGUCUGCAUACACCAGACAGGCUCCACCCAGGUCAUGUUCCCGACCCUCAGCCCGUACCAUGGUUGUGUGUGUGUUGUUCCUGGUGAUAGUGGCCUCUAUGACUAUGGUACUGUACUUCUUACCUGGAUGCACCUUUACCAAGAGUGGUUGUCCAAAGACCAACAAGACCACUCCCUUCGAGCAAGUCUACCCCAUGUCCACAAAUGGUGAACUGUUUCCGUGGGCACAGCUCCGGCUGCCUCACAGCGUACGUCCUCUUAGCUAUGACAUCACCCUGAACCCAGACCUCGACGACAUGACCUACACCGGCCGCACCGUCAUCAGCAUGUCGGUGCAACACAACACCAAGCGCAUUGUCCUGCACAGUGCUAAUCUCAACAUCACCAAAGCUACUUUCAAGUCGGGUGAUGGGGAGGCCAGAGAAGUGACUGUACUGGAGUACAUACCCAGACAGCAGAUCGCUGUUCAGUUCUCCAAGGAGCUGAAAACAGGCCUGUUCUGUGUCUUGACCCUGGAUUACUCUGCCAGCCUCUCGCAUACCUAUAGUGGUUUCUACAACAGCUCAUACUCCGAUAAAGACGGAAACAAAAGGGUCUUAGCAGCAACCCAGUUUGAGCCGCUCUCAGCUAGGAAGACCUUUCCUUGCUUUGAUGAACCGGCUUUCAAAGCCACCUUCCUGAUUCGGAUCAGCAGGAAACCAAACUACCUGACUCUUUCUAACAUGCCUCAGAAUAAAAGCACACCACUUCUCAAUGGCCUCAUUCAAGAUGAGUUUGAAAUGACCAGCGUCAGCAUGAGCACCUACCUGGUUGCCUUCAUCGUCGCCAACUUCACCCCUAUCAGCAAAAAUGUCUCAGAAACUCGGGUGUCUGUGUACUCUGUGCCAGAGAAGAAGGAGCACACUGACUAUGCUCUGGACACAGCCUGCAAACUGCUGGAGUUCUACAAUGGCUUCUUUGAAAUUACCUACCCCCUCGCAAAACUAGACUUGGUAGCCAUCCCAGACUUCCUGGCAGGAGCGAUGGAGAACUGGGGACUCAUCACUUUCAGAGAGACCAGCCUGCUGGUGGGCAAACAGUCCUCUCCUCUGGAAAAACAAGUAGUUGCCUCUGUCAUCGCGCAUGAGCUCGCUCAUCAGUGGUUUGGAAACCUGGUGACGAUGAGGUGGUGGAACGACCUGUGGCUCAACGAAGGCUUUGCCACAUACAUGCAGUACAUGUCGCUGCAGGCUGUUUUUCCCAAGCUGGACAUUGGUAAUUCGUUCCUGGCAGUAGGCUUCAGAGCGUUGGACAGUGAUGCACUUAACUCCUCCCACGCUGUGUCGGCGGAGGUUAAUACGCCAGAACAGGUGGAAGAGAUGUUUGACUCCGUCUCCUAUGAGAAGGGUGCCUCCAUUCUCCUGAUGCUGAAUGCCUCCCUGCCAGGGGACCAACAGUUCAGAAAAGGUAUCAUUCAAUAUCUGAAACAGUUCAGUGGAUCAAACACGGACACCAACGACCUCUGGAACAGCCUUACACAGGUUGAGGUCUCGGCGCAGCACCCGAAUGUGUCAGAGAUGAUGAGCACGUGGACAUCACAGAAAGGCUUCCCAUUGGUCACUGUAAGCCGUAAGGGAGGUCAGGUGACCCUCACACAGGAGCCCUUCCUGCUCACAUCCGACAAUGCCACGCAGACUUCCAGCUUGUGGAAUAUUCCGGUGACGUAUGUAACUGACAACUGUAGUUUGGCCCCUGAGUGCAGACAGAUGUUCACUCUGAAGAACAAGUCAGGGACUCUGAAGGAGCUACCAGAAAGUGUAAAGUGGCUGAAGUUGAACUACAGAAACACAGGCUUCUACAUCGUCCACUACGGAGAAGAGGGCUGGGCUGCUCUGAUAACAGCUCUGUCCAACAAUGUCGGUGUUCUUACACACGAGGACCGGGCCUCGCUCAUACACAACAUCUUUGCUCUUUCCAGACUGGGACGCGUGUCCUUUCACCAAGUCCUCAACCUGUUGAAGUACAUGACCAAUGAAACUCAUACUUCUCCUGUGACAGAGGCCUUGCUACAGCUCAACAUCAUCUACCAGCUGCUUGACAAAAGACAAGAGCACCAUCUUGUGUCCCGCAUGAAGGAUUAUAUUCUGCAUCAGUUUGGUUCUCUGAUGGACAAGCAAACAUGGGAAGAGGAGGAGAGUGUGUCUCAACAGGAGCUGCGCUCAGAGCUGCUUGGGAUGGCCUGUAGUCUGAAUGAAGAGAACUGCACUCAGCGAGCCCAAGCCCUGUUCAAAGAGUAUGUCGAGUCCAAUGGGACCUCACGGAUCCCAGGGGAUCUGCAGCAAGUUGUAUUCACUGUGGCUGCUCAAUCGGAUGAAGGUUGGGAGACUUUGCUCAGCAUGUACGGACGUGUCACCUAUGAUGCAGAGAAGAGAAAGAUGCUGCGGGGCCUCGCGUCUACUCAGAACGCACGGCUUAUAGUGUGGAUUCUAAAGGCAGGUCUGAUGGGGGAGAUCAUCCAGACGCAGGAGUUGCCUUUGGUCAUCAGCACCGUGUGUAAAGGCUUCACCGGCUACUUGUUUGUCUGGGACUUCAUCCAAGAGAACUGGGACAGCCUCAUAGAGAAGUUCCCGAUGGGCUCCUUUGCCAUCCAGACAAUCAUCAACUCUGCCACCUCUCAGUUCUCCACACAGGCCCACCUUGAUCAAGUUCAGAGUUUCUUCUCCAGUUUGAAGGAGCGCGGCUCUCAGAUGAGGAGCGUGCAGGAAGCUCUGGAAACCAUCAGGCUGAACCAGCGCUGGAUGGACAAGAACCUGCCCACGCUCCAAAAAUGGCUCUAAUACAGUCGCUCCAUCCGGCCUCUGCCCCGCUGACGGGACAAAGGGGCACGACGUCAAGACAACAACGGUGUUUGCACUAUUGUAGGACGGUGUCUCUUUAUCCUUUAUCCAGGCCAGAGUGCGAAUCAAAGCCAGAGGUUUGGCUCUACCUGGGUGGACAAGGUGUUCUCUUGAGGUUAGUCCUGUGCGUUGUAUUUGCUAGCUCAGGGUGGCUCUGAUUGUGUGUCUGACAGGAAGUUGUCAGAUGCGAACACACACUCCUCACAAUUGAUGCUGUCAACCAAACCUCUCCUCUGCAGCUCUCAUCUAAACCUCAUGCCUGAGCAGACCAUCGUGCUUCACCCACACUCCUUUUCCUCCGCCUGCUCUCAGGCACCUAACUGUAUGAGCUGUGCAAUGGCCACUUCAAAAAAGAGGAAGUAUGAAGAAUGUCAACAUUACUGUGUGAGUGUACUGUCAGUCAGUCCUAGACUUUAUCUCAAAUUGUCUGAUAUAUGUGGAUGCAGCUGUCGGGGAUUUCUCAACGACGAGAAGUUGAAAGUACAGGUACGUUAGAGAGGAAUUACACUGACCUUGCAUCGCCAUGUUAUAAAAUAGCUGCCUGCCAUUCUGACCUCUAGUUACACGUGCAACUGGAAGCAUUUACUAUAUUAGUCAUGAUUUGGCUAAAAGAUUGCUUGGUUGGUUGGUUGGUUGAUAGCUUAAAAUACCAAACUUGUAUUUGCAUCAAUUGGAUGUAGUGAGAAACCUUCCCACUGUGUACAGUAGAUGGCGUACUGCACACCAGUGCAGGUUUAAAGCAACAACCAAUGUGUCUUAGGUGAGAGCAGGCAGUGCUCGCUGGAGCCAAACGUUAAUUUCUUUCUUCCUCUACGCGUCAUAAGCCCAGUUUAGCUCUGAUCAACACGUUUUUAUUUCGAUAGCUUUUUGCCUGCAGUGCAGUCCCUGUACAGACUCCUUUAACACCGUGUGCUCGUAAACUUGUAAUUAUAAUGUAAAUAUGCUCAACCCUAUAGUGUUUUCUCCUUCGAUUUUGGAUGUAAUGUUUUGAACAUCUUGACUUUUAACAUUUUAGGAUUUGCUUUGUGUUGUGUGUGUGUAAAGAGGAAAUGUAUCCAUAGAAUUGUUUAGGAGUCUUGGUCAAAUAGUGUCUCCGUAUAUUUUGAUUGACUUCCCCCGGGGAGGUCAUUUGCUGAUGAAUGUUAGUGUUUUAAGGGCUAAGGUGCAUAAUGAAGAUACAAAGUGUAUAGAAGAACAUUUAUACUGGGCAGGACUCAUCUGUCCAGUAAGCUAAAUAUACAGAAGGUUUAAAGUUAGUCUGCCAUGUUGCUCCUGAGAACGAGGAGUAGCCUAGCUAUUGUUUUUAGAAGGUGUCUGAACGUGUUUCCCCAGCUUUUGUUUUUAAGAUUUUAUUUAAAUACAGUGGUACACUCAUCCUGAGCUUUUUUUAAAGUGGUACUGCUUACUUAUUCACUCAAUCACUGUCAUAAUAUUCCAUAUACUGGAGUAAAUAACGUAGAUUUAGAUUUGAUCAUUUUCUUUGAACAUCCUUAACACCUUCAUGAGAUAUGCGUCUGUUUUUUUUUGUUGUCACAUUAUCUUCUUCUGGAACCUUUUUGUUCCAUUUAUGUAAAAACUUUUCUCAAACGUGGCUCAAAAAGGAAACGCACAUUGGUUUAACUCCGGGUAGCAUUAUCUCAUCUGAAAUGAAAACGGCCACGUGCCUGUUGCUGCACUAGCGACUCCUACUGGUUGGUGGAAGUGGCUGCUGGGAGGAGGGGGACCAGCCGUGUUUAGGCCCUAUUAGUGAGAUGGCAGGUGGAAAAACACACACCGAGAGACAUCAUGUGUUUCAAAAGCAUGGCUGUCUACACUCUGCCCAGGUGUGGGUGUGUGCAGCAUGAAGGAUCUCUACAGAGGAUUGUGCAUUCCAAACAGGAGAAAGGAUUAGUGUGACACUUUACUUUGAAGGAUCUCAUGGCAGUUUUGCUCUGUCUAGAGACUAUCAACAGUAUUUGACUUGUUCCAUCCAUCCGUGUGAAUAGGCCUUCAAAUACACAACUCAAAUCUUUUACGUCGUCACUAAUUUUACUUUAAUUUUUUUUUCCAGCUGCCAGCAAUCAGAUGAAUUAAUCAGCUUCAUUGAGGCUCUGGCACUUUAAUGUUCCCUCAUGUUUUUGUUAAGAAGACAACUGUUUCAUGUGAAGUCGGUUGCAAUAAGCUUUAAGAGACAAGAGUUGCUGAUGUCAAUCAGGUACCACGCUCAGUGGAAGUUGGUGAAUCAGGGAUGUGGCCGGUCUGAUGACAGGAUUGUACUAGAGUACCACAUGUGCAGUGAACCCAAUCGGAUCGUCUUUGUUUUUGCACUGGGAUAAAAUGCUGCAGAUGCUUUUGAAACUGUGUUGCUCCUUAUGUGAAUAAGAUAUAAAUAAAAGUUGUUUUCUGAA